CGUAAAGGAGGAGUCGGCGAACGUCUGAAGGCGAUCCUGGCUCUUUUGGGGCUGAUUUCUGACAGCUUGGCGAGACAGGACUGAGCAGCCUACGCUGUCAAGUAAAUCGUGCCUGACGCAACGCACGGAUCAGAAACGCAACGUCAAACGACUCGGAAGGCAAACAUUUGUGCAGCAUCAACGACUGCACGACUCAUUUUGCAUCGCUGCCUGCAAUUGACAGCUUUCAGCCACACUGACGAAUACCUCGCAUCUUGCUGGCACUGCUCGUCGCGAGCUCAACUAUGCGUGUGCUGCAGCUUACGAUGAUCGUGACGGCAGUGCGCGCCCUCGUCGCGCCGCCGACAAGAAACAGCAGGUUGCUGCGUCCGCUGCAAGCUGCCGCCGUCGCCGAGCGUGUCGGCAAGCUGCGGCUGGACGCAUUGCUGCUGCAACGCGGCUUCGCGGCUUCUAGAUCGCAGGCCACGGCACUCAUCCGCGAAGGCGCGGUCACGGUAGACGGUGAAACGAAGGCCAAACCUGGCGCCAAGAUCUCCGUCGAUGCGUCGAUCAAAGUCGCCUCGGAGAAGAACGUUCGCUACGUUUCAAGAGGCGGAGAGAAGCUCCAUGCGGCGUUCGAAGCCUGGCCGGACAUCGUGCCGAGGGACCGCACGGUACUAGACAUCGGAGCUUCCACUGGCGGGUUUUCGCAUUGCUCGUUGCACCACGGCGCGGCCGCGGUGGACGCCGUCGACGUGGGCAGCGGCCAGUUCCACGCGUCUUUGCUCGAGGACGACCGCGUGCGGUCCUUCGAGAACGUGAAUUGCCGCUACGACGACGAGCUCGCGGCCAUCCCGCUGCGCGCGGCCUACGACCUCGUGGUCACGGACUGUAGCUUUAUCAGUCUGACGAAGCUCCUGCCGGCGAUCUGGCGCAAGGUCGACGCGGGAGGAAAUUUAAUGUGUCUCGUGAAGCCGCAGUUCGAGUGCGGGCCGGAUAUUGUCCGUCGCGGUCGAGGCGUCGUGCGGGACCCGGCGGAUCGGCAGAGUGCCGUCGACGCGAUCAUCGCGUUCGCGCGGGAGCUGCCGGAUUGUACAGUCGUCGACGACGCCGUUGAGUCACCAGUGCACGAUAAGCUCGGCAAUAGAGAAUUUUUAUUGCGGCUACGAAGGCGCAACACCGGCCAGGUUGCUGCGCUGGAAGCCGCGAUUGCGGCGCCGUCCGCGAUGCCCGGUGUCGCCGCCGCCCUGGCCGCGGCGGCGCCUGGCUUAGCGGCCGCUGCUGAUGGCGGCAAUCCCGACCAAGGAGCGAUCGUCGCCUACGCCUGGUUUGCUAUUUCGGCGGCCGCGGGCGUCAAGGGCGUGGCGGACAAGCUUCGCAGCGACUAAUGUGUUCAUAGUGUCACCUGGAUUAUAUACACACGAUUAGUCCGCGGCGCAGGAUAUCUUCAAGGAUGAGGGGGGUAUGGUGAUAUCCAGAGUAGAGACGUGAAC